GAUUAGAAGACAUGACCAUGGCAGGCGAUGGACGGGUGCGAAGAGACAACAACAAUAGCGCGCUCCUUUCUGCCUCGACCUGACCUGAAUACGCUCCUUGCCCGCCUGGCACUGUGUUGUGCCGCUGUCUGCUGUCUGCCGUUGCUGCUGCUGUCUGUUUCUGCUGCGCUGCGCUGCUCCUUCUGCCGUCUACGGUCUGCUCUGCUGUCUACGGUCUGCUCUGCUGUCUCCGGUCUGCUGCCCCCGCCGCUCUACUGCCAGCCCAGCACCCGCGUCGACAACUGCAUGCCCUCGGCCACCGGCUGCUCGCGGGCAUGAGCAUCAAGUCGUCGCGCCGCUUCCACCUGCCGCGCUUCCUGCGCCGCAGCUCGCACACGAGCGCCGGCAGCGACCCUCGCGCCGCCGCGGACGCCCAGCUCGCUGCGCAAGAGCCUUCGGAGGUGCUGCAGAAGCCGGCGCGCGACGAGUUCCGCGGCGACGUCGCAGGCAAGCCCGACAUCCGCGCCGAGCACUCGCAGCACUCGCAGAACACGGCCACGGCCACCGCCACGGCCAGCUCGCGCAGCCGAUCGCCCGCCACGCGCCCGUCGACCACCACGUCCGCGUCCGCCGACUGCGACGACCGCGACCGCGCCCCCGAUCCCGUCUGCCCGCAGCUGACGCUCGAGGCCCCCACGCCAGUGCACGCGCCGGUGCACCCGCCCGCCCCGACGCCCGCGCCCGCCGAGCCUCGCACCGUCGACCUCAGCUCGCCGUCUGCGCUGCCCUCUGCGCUGCCCGCCGCGCCCGCCCACCACCCGCCGAGCCCGCUGCGCCGCCAGUCGCUCGUCGCCCCGCCCGACGCGCGCGUGCUCACGACGCUGCUGGCCCCCGACCUCGCGCCGCUGCCGCCCCCAGACGACGUGCCGGCCACCGCCAUCGCCGCCAUGCUGCACCGCAAGAUCUGGGUCAGGCGGCCCAACGCCUCGGCCACGCUGGUGCAGAUCGGCGAGGACGACCUGGUCGACGACGUGCGCGACAUGAUCCUGCGCAAGUACGCCAACUCGCUCGGCCGCAGCUUCGACGCCCCCGACGUGGCCAUCCGCAUCGCGCCCCGCGACGCCGCCCAGGGCCCGGAGCGCACCCUGGGGCCCGAGGAGGACAUGUGCCGCACCCUCGACGCCUACUACCCCGGCGGCCAGACGGUGCACGAGGCCCUGCUCAUCGACGUGCCCACGCGCCGCACCCCCCGCCCGUCGCCACGCGUGCCGCUGUACUACGCCCACCACGACGACGCCCAGCACACCCAGACCGAGUACUUCCCGCCCAUGCCCGCCGCCGUGCCCUCGCCCGCCGUCCAGCACCCCGCCCACCCCGCCCACUCCAUCGCCGUGCUCACCAACGGCGGCCAGCUGCCGGCCCUGCCCUCGCCCGGCGGCGCCACCCGCCGCCUGCACCACAACAGCCGCCCGCGCGCCGCCCGCCACACCACCUCCUCGCCCACCACCCUGGCCGGCGGCAUCGCCUCGUCCGCCGCCAACCCCCGCCCCGCCCGCCCGCGCCACGACUCGUCCGCCUCGGCCGACAAGCACUCGCAGGCCUCCAACGCCCCCAUCCCCACGCCCCCGGCCCCCGUCGACCCGCCCGUGCGCAUCCAGCACGACACCCCGCCCGCCGUGCGCGUCGCCUCGCCGCGGCCCGACAAGAAGAAGCGCAAGAAGCCCGCGCCCGCCGAGGCACCGAGUCUGCCGGCGGGCCUGCUGGACGGCUCCGUGCCGCCCAUCAACGUGCUGAUCGUCGAGGACAACAUCAUCAACCUGCGCGUUCUGGGCGCCUUCAUGCAGAGGCUGAAAGUCCGGUGGCAGCGCGCCAUGAACGGAAAGGAGGCCGUGACCAAGUGGAAGGCCGGCGGCUUCCAUCUGGUGCUCAUGGACAUCCAGCUGCCUGUGAUGAACGGGCUGGAGGCGACCAAGGAGAUCCGCCGACUGGAGCGCGUCAACAGCAUCGGCGUCUUCAGCAGCGGCAGCAGCGAGGCGCCCAACACGCGGCUCGACCACCAGAACGGCUCGGACCUCGAGCUGGUCGCCGACGACAAGCUGGGCGACAGGAAUCUGUUCAAGAGCCCCGUCAUCAUCGUCGCGCUCACUGCGAGCUCCCUGCAGAGCGACAGGCACGAGGCCUUGGCCGCUGGCUGCAACGACUUCUUGACCAAGCCCGUCAACUUCGUCUGGCUGGAGCGCAAGGUCAAGGAGUGGGGCUGCAUGCAGGCCCUGAUCGACUUUGACGGCUGGCGGAAGUGGAAGGACUUUGCAAAGGACUCGGACAGCGCCAAAGACAAGAACGCCAACAACAUGUCCACGAGCAUGGCCAGCAUUGCCCCAGCACGAAAGCCGGCCGCCAAGCCCGCGGCACCGGCUGCGAACACAGCAGAGACCAACGGCCUGUCCGCCCAGGAGAAGGAGGACAAGAAGGCCAAGAGGAAGAGCCUUGUCCAGGCCCCUCCCUCCGUGCUCGAGGACGAGAGCGAAACCCCGACGCCCGACCUCGAGAGCGCGUAGUAACGCCCAGCCCGUCACACCA